AUGCCUCUAACGCCUCCCGACCACUAUGAUGCAUACCCCAGCAGUGCUCAUGCUACCGGGCAGCUUCCUGCAAUCCACACGCUAGGUCAGAUUCCCAACUACGAGUUGGGAGGACUUGAAGGACAGGAAGUCCUGCCACGCUACUCGCAGUACACCCUCGCGCCAAUCUCACGGCACGCCUACCUUCAAGAGAACAGUCGUCAUGGGCCUACAAACUACGCUAAUCUCCAAGGCGCCGCAAAUUCUUACGCUGCAUCAAGCGUCCCUCUGCUACCGCCGAUCAGAGUCCCGGAUCGCUCUCUGGAAGAUUAUCAGCACCAUGGACGAUCCAAUCGUGCUCCUAGUGCUCCAAGUGUCCCUCAACCUAAAGAAGAGAAGGCUGUGGGUGGUGUCGCGGUUCACUUGGACUACGAGAUGGAAGACAUGGUAGACUUUGUGUCCAAGAUGGCACAAGGAAUGUAUGACAUCUACGCCUCUAGAAUCUGCCUUGCAGACAUUGACAUGACUCGAAGUGUGCUUCGCUCGGAAUCUUCAGUGCAUUCAGACUUUCGCAAAUACGUCUCACAGAUUCUUUCGUCGACCCGGCUGCCGAGCUCGACUAUCCUACUUGGACUUCACUACCUUGCUGAGCGGAUGACUCUGCUGUCGAAUAGUGGCAAAUACAAUCACGGCAGUGGACAAGUAUACCGUAUGCUUACCACAGCUCUCGUGCUUGGUUCCAAAUUUUUGGAUGACAAUACUUUCCAAAAUCGGUCCUGGUCGGAAGUGAGCAGCAUACCAGUCUGCGAGCUUAAUGUCCUUGAGGUGGAAUGGCUUAUGGACAUCAAAUGGAACAUGCAUAUCAAUCCCGACGAUCCGGAGGGCUUCCUGUUGUGGCAUCAACGUUGGCAAGCCUUCAAGGCGAAUAAGGUCGAUGUAGCAUUGGCGGAAUCCCUGGAGCAAACUCACAUUGGUGUGUCGACCGCCUUCAACGGGAACAAUGUGCAGAGGCAGAGGUCUUUGCUCCAGCGCUCCUCUCCAACAGAUCGCCAGACAGCAUCAUACCUUGAUCACCAACUUGGCAACGGGUACAAGAACCAUGUGCAUUCACAGUGGAAUAUACCUCGCUAUGAUCAAUGGCCACCGUUGCGUUCUCAAACAGACUAUUCGCCUCCCGAAACAGGUCCCACUACACCAGAAUGGUACACGCAUGGUGGUUUCGGGUAUGGUCAUGCACCGCAGCAGGCGUAUCCGGCUAUGAAGGUUCCUCCGCCACUGCAAGUUCUUGGUUCCAACGCCUUGCAGUCAAACUACUACACAGCAUAUGCCCAGCAAUACAUUCCUCACGGUCAUGGCAUUACUUGCGGUUGUGGCUAUUGUGGGCCACAUUACGAACGCUACUCCAUGGCUCCUAGCUACGGUCCUCAGGCAGUCGUCGGCUAG